AAAUGGGGGCUUCAACAGAGUCUAGUUUAACAAAAUAUAUAAAAUCAAGUUUUAUACUUUCCUUCAUAUUUUUAUUUUUACUAGCUGUUGCAAGAUACAUUUAUGAACCAAAGGAUCAGAAUAGAUGCCACAGCAUGUUGAAUGAAGGCUGGUGGACUGAUGACACUUUAAAGUCAUGGCAGCCGGCCAGUUGUAUGAUGCACACAUACCAACCACCAGAAAUCUCGGCCUGUCUGAAUCACUCUCGCAUUGUUUAUGUGGGCGAUUCCGUCAUCAGGGAACAGUUCUUUUCUGCAGUAAAGCUCAUCGACCCUCAUGUCAAUACAACCGGGGAGCCUCAUACAAACAAAAUGUACGACUUUAAUAAAGAAAAUUUGGUAUAUGAAUUCUGGUGGGACCCAUACUUGAACGAGACGACAAAUAUCUUGCGUGGUUCACAUACACCUCGACCUAGCCUGCUUGUUUUAGGAACAGGCCUAUGGCAGAUGAGAUACUUGCAAGAUGACGAUUAUUAUGAGGAAUGGAAAUCGAGCAUAGAUCGGGUAUUAGAGUCAGUCGAGUCUAGAGAUAUCGCAGAUACUGUAUUGCUUGCGCCGGUUGAAGUACCAGUCUAUGACAAACUAGGGGAAGAACGGGCUGCAAAGAUGACUGUUGAAAAGGUCAAUGCUAUGAAUGAUUACUUGAAGACAAAGCAGGAUGCAGUGAACAAUAGAGUACCUUUUGCUAUUCCUUUUGUGUGGAAUGACAUCAGUCUGACUUCCUCCAGCCAUACCCAAGAUGGACUUCAUUUCAGCCCAGCAGUGACGACCGUACGAGCCCAGAUAGCGCUUAAUUUCAGAUGCAAUAAUCAGCUUGACAAGAAGUUCCCGAUGACAACAACAUGUUGCUACCAGUAUCCAGUUCCCAAGUGGUACCAAAGCAUCUUGUUCUUUUUCUUCUUUAUUUGGAUACCUAUUGGAUGUCUUAUUCUCACUCAUUCAGGCAUUACAUUAAGCGCAAUUCAAAGGCCCUUUCCAGAACAAAAGGUUUCAAGUGCACUGUUUCUGUUUGGCCUUUGUACAGUUUACAUGUAUUUCUGUGAUCGAACACAGCUGUUUGGGAAAAUCCAAAAACAUUUUGAUGCAGCUGUAUUUACUGCCCUAAUGAUGGUGGUUGGUGUUUUAGGAAUCAUUAAAUUGAAGCACAAGACGGAAGGAGAUCAAGGAUUCCUUAAUCGCCAUCAGACAGACGAAUGGAAAGGCUGGAUGCAGGUCAUCAUCCUGGUUUAUCAUUUUUGUGGUGCAUCUGGAACAUCAGGUAUCUACAACGCAGUGCGUAUCCUGGUGGCUGCUUACUUGUUCCAAACCGGCUAUGGCCACUUUUUUUUCUUUUACAAAAAGGCAGAUUUCGGCAUUGGCCGCAUCUUGAACGUGAUGGUCCGAUUGAAUUUGCUGACGUUUGUGCUUCAAUACUUGAUGGAUACGGAUUACCUAAGUUACUACUUUACUCCUUUAGUAUCUUUCUGGUUUUUUGUCAUAUGGGCCAUGAUGUACAUUGGAAAUCAAUGGAACAAGACUCCAUCCUUUUUACUUGCCAAGUUGGCAGUGUCAUGCAUCCUGACGACGGCUUUUAUCAAGGCUCCUGGAAUCUUGGAAUUUGUAUUUGACAUACUGCAGGUUACUUUCAACAUUCACUGGAAUCCUGUUGAAUGGCGUUUUCGAUUAGCAUUAGAUGCCUAUAUUGUUUAUGUUGGUAUGCUGUGUGCUUAUGCAUAUAUCAAAAUGACAGAACACAAACUUACAGAACACCCUAAAUGGCCCAUCAUGAAGAAGGCAGCCCUCGGAUUAUCUGUGAUAGCACUUGUAUGGUACUUUUGGUUUGAACUAAGUCGCGAGGAUAAAUUUGCGUACAACAAAGUACAUCCGUAUAUCUCAUGGAUUCCCAUUCUUGGCUUUGUUGUACUUCGCAAUGCCAGCACAUACUUGAGAAACACGCAUUCCGAAUUUUACUCAUUUAUUGGCAAAAUAUCUCUUGAAACGUUUAUUGGACAAUUUCACAUGUGGUUAGCUGCAGAUACGAAGGGGUUACUUGUUCUCUUGAUCAAUCCUACUUGGAUACACGGCAUUGGCUGGUGGAUUAACUUGGCGUUUUCAAGUUGUUUAUUUAUCUUUGUUUGUUAUUGCCUUGGUCAAACCACACAUGAAAUUUCCACAUGGAUUUGCGCUAAAGCCCAACCGGAUAUACCAAGUUCAGGGAAAUACCAAGCAGUGCCUCUUUUGCCUACUAACAAAGGUGACUCAUCCAACAUGAUUCAGACAGCCUCUUUGGACAAUACAAAACCAGAAGAAGAAGCAGGCGAAGAAGAGAUCUGGAGCAGCUCGGAUCUAGGACAGAAACCCGGCUUAUUUCAGAGAAUAUUAAAUGAUACCCGUGUAAGAGUACUGUUGUUUUUUAUAGUGAUGAGUCUAGUCAACCAUUUUUGUUAAUAAAAUGAUAUGCCGGAAAUUAAUUUUACCGCCUCUGUUGCGAGCCGGAGCUCUCUCUCUUUGUCUUCCUCUUCAGAACACACCAUCAUUUGCCAUCUGUCCUAAAAGCGAGAGUUCAAGGAGCAUAGGUAAUACCCCCCCUCUCUUUUAUUCAUCGCUUGUCGAAAUGGUAAAUUUUUAAUACAUUGAUGGAAUG